AAAGAAUAUGUAAAGCAGCAAAACAAGAGCAAGUUAUCGGCGUAUUUUCUCUUUCUUUUCCUUCUCUUUAUUACAUGACGAUGGAUCAAUUAUCGGUGGAUAGACAGUCAUUUAUCGAAGAAAAUGAAGAAAAGAUAAUGCAGGAAUAUGAAUAUCAUCGUGACCGGAUGUUUAUUCAAGACCAAAGAAAAAGAAACCAACAGCAACCUUUGUACUUUGAUGAGUAUUCGGGAGUGUAUAAACAUGCUGCAUCAAAGGAAAGGCAGUCUAUGAAACCACUUUAUUCAUCACCAGCUGUCAGUACGAUCUCUUUACUUAGUAUUCAUCAUGAUCGACCUUGGCCAAUUCCGGAAAACGUAACACAAGUGCAUUAUUUGUUCAAAAGAGCGAGAUCAUUUAGAGAUCCAUCAAGACAACUCAGUCUCUGCAAGACACUCAUGGCAACCAAGACAGACAAUAAGGAGCUCCAUCAAACGAUUCAACUGGAAACUCAAAAGUUAUUAAAAGAAUUAUCCACUGGCGUCUUAAGAGUAACAGAAGCCCAAAAGUUGCUGGCUUCGUGCUUUGGUGUCGGCGGUUUGGGUUUACCAUGCGAUAGAGAAAGAGCGUUCUUACUUUACCUCCAGGGAUCAAAACAAAAUGACCCAGAGUCAAAUUAUAGAGUAGGUGUAUGCUAUGAAUUAGGUAUUGGUACAAGGAGGGACUAUACUAGAGCAGUAUCAUUUUAUCGCAGAGCAGCCACUUUAUCUCAUGUAGCAGCAAUGUAUAAAUUGUCAAUCAUCCUGUUGAAGGGAUACUAUCAACAAGUGAUCAACGUCAGGGAAGGCAUUGCAUUAUUACAAAGAGCAGUAUCACUGGCGACAGAAACAGCACCUCACCCACUUCAUGCACUCGCCCUUUUGAUUAUAUCAAAUGAAUUCAGUGAUCAUCUUAUAUGUGAUACGGGCUAUGCACUGGAGCUCUUACAUCAAGCUGCCAAAUUGAAUUAUUUACCAAGCCAAGCCAAGCUUGGUGAAUUGUACGAAACGGGUAAACUGGUUCAGCAAGUAGACGAAGCCAAGUCAAUAUAUUGGUAUUCUAGAGCGGCAGAAAGAGGAAGCGCAGAGGGUGCACUGGCGUUAUCCUGCUGGUACUUGACUGGAUCAAGUAACAUAUUGGAACAAUCUGAUCGACAGGCCUAUCUCUGGGCAAGAAAGGCUGCAUCAACCGCUAAUAUUGACAGAUGGACUUUGGCUAAAGCUUACUACUUGAUUGGUAUCUAUAUUGAAAAGGGUAUAGGCACUGUCGAAGAAGAGGAUCCUCAGUUGUGGUUUCAGAGGUCAGCCAUAUUAGGUCAUAAAGGUGCCAUGGAAAAAUUGAAACAAGAGGAACAUUCCAGUCAUUGAAAUAUAAAAUAAAAAUAAAAAUCCAUGCUGUCAUACUUUCCAUUUUUGAUAAUGUCAACAAAA